GGAAUGUGGUGGUGGCGGUUGGGGGGCAGGUGGCGUCUCACUGUGUUGUGUAACAACAGACAUGUACACAGAGGAAGGAGGGGCCAUCGUGAUGUCAGCACAGAGGCUGUAUAAGAAGGAGAUCCUGGCGGAGACUUGAACACAAAGCACCUGUUGCUGCUCUCCAGCCUCAACACACACAGAACCUCGGGGACUCUGUUCGUCUGUCAGAGCGGGAAACAGCUGCUGCCGAUUUUCCAACUCAGAACUUCAUCCACGCUCCGUUUACUGAGGAUGAUGAUGGCUUCUUCCAUGUGCAAGAUACUGACUGUAUUCAUCAUCUGCAUGGCUCUGCAAGAGGGUUGUGGACUCCCUUUAUCAGACCAGUCUGAGUUGCCAGCUCAGGCUCCACAUCGCGUCAGGACCAAACGCUGCUCCUGUAACAGCUGGGAUGAUAAAGAGUGCAUCUACUUCUGCCACCUGGAUAUUAUCUGGGUCAACACGCCAAGUAAACUCCUUCCUUAUGGCCUGGGAAGUCCCCCAUCUCGCCGCCGCCGAUCAGCCGACCGAUGUGAAUGCCUCAACUCAGCUGAUAAAAAGUGCCAUGCCUUCUGCCGUAAGAGCUCAGUAGACCCCAGCACUGAUGCCAUGGGCCAUUUGGUUCAACCUGCAAGAACAAACAGCAACAAACUGCUGGCAUCCCUCAGAUCUGCUCUUGAAAGCAACAUGGCAAUUGCAAACGGCUUCCUGUCAUCAAAGAAGAACCCUUCUGGAGUCACCAAGUUAAAAAGUAGAACACGGAGGUAGAAGACUGAUUGAAAACCUGACGCUGCUCAUCCUUCAUGAAUUCAACCUCCAUGGACUCCUCUGGCUGUCUUCAGUUCUGACAUCAGGGUUUCAAAAUAUGCCAAGACUUCUAACAGCUCUGAGGGUAUAAAAGUGGAAACCUGGAAGGCAAAAGAGACCGUGGAUCAAUCAUCUGCCCAACAAAGCAGAGCUUCGGAAGACUCAGAAGACUAAAGCCAAUGAUGAGCAAUGACGACUCUGAAUGUAGAGUCAUUUCUUGAUCUCCCCAUGAAAUUUCAAGCUGAGAAAUGAAGGACAUGGACUCUCUUGGGGACUCUCUUGAUCAAUUAGGGACCAGUAAUUUGACUUCAGUGGACUAAGCCUCUGUGUGACUCAAAUGUAUGGACAGUUUUACAUCCACAGCUGACCUCUACAGAGGAUUCUUGGAUUGUGCCACAUUCCACAGUCACAUCAACUCUACUUAUGAAGAGUUUCUCUAUAUUUAUUCAAUGUGUCUUAUGGCUUAAAACUACGCUGUCCUUGCUGACUUUUGGUUUGUUUAGGUAUUCCUCUGUAUCAGAGCUGGAAUCUGCUGUCCUGCCUAGUUUUUAGGCCAAAAUUGCUUUGUAAUUGUCAAGCAGUACUUGAAAAUGGCAGCUUGUUCACUCUUGGCAGACGGUGCUGCAGGAAAGUGAAGGUCAUUUCUUUGGGUUUUACUGAACAAACAAUUGGCUUUAUGCUGGGUCCAUUGUAAGCUCCUCUACACACACACGCGUGCAAACACACACAUACACAGUGUCUCUGUGUAUGUGUGUGUAUGUAACAACCCAUUCAUCUCUGUUAGCAGAACAACAGUAGGUCUCUAGAUGAGUCACUGAGAUUCAAUGAUAUGAAGUUUGACAGAAAAAAAUCCUAAAACCAUUGUUUUCCUCCUCUGACAUAUGCCCACUUGAUUCCUUUGUAAUUACCCAAAUGGAAACUCCUGACCGGUAUGCUGCACUUCAAAAGCCAUUUAUCUGUUGCCUGCUUUUUGUUUCUGUGCAAUGAAGCCAUUUACACCAUCUGCUCUGUUUGGCUGAACUUCUGGAAACGUGGAGACAUUAACAGUCAUUGUGACUCUGAAAAUAUCCAUCCUCAAAUAUCUAAAUGCUGUAUCUGAUGGAUAGUUUACCAGCUUUUAGUUUACUGUUGAUCAUAAAUGAUAGCAACAAUUGUAAAUAAAACUAUUUAUUUAUUCUGUAACUUAUUCAGAGAUGUAUUUAUAUUUCUAUGACUGAUCCGCUGAAUUUUGUAUAAGAAAAUAAAAUUACACAAAAAUAA